GGCGCACACAGCGAAGAUGAAUUCCAAAGUCAAUUCGCUGGAGGAGAAAGUGAAACUGCCGCCCACGGAGACAAUAAGCCGUUGCUAUCAGCCGCAGCAGAGCAACCGUAAGGUCAUCCGCAUCCUCACCGUUGCCGUCUAUGUGCUGUGCGUCUCAUUGGCGGCCAUCAUGCUGUCGCUGUAUUAUAUAUUCAUAUGGGAUCCGACCAUACGACCCUUUGUUACCAAGGCCAAUCAGUGCGAUAAAAUUGUGAUACCCGAAAAAAUAGCCAUACGCCUACUCAACUCAUCGGAAGUCACCGCGGAGCAGUUCUACAGGCACAUCCUCGAUCAAUAUCGCAUCCUCAACCAUCUGCAGCAGCAGCGUCAGCAAUUCCUGCAGAAGCAGCAUCUGCAGCUGCAACAGCUGGAGGCAAGCAAUCGCUUCCAGGAGGUGUUCGCCACAGCGACCAUAAUCCAAGCACAUCCGCAUCCCCAUUCGCGUGAUCCACUCAAGAAGCUGCUGUCACCCGGUGCAUCGUCAUUAUCACAACAGAAUCACAACGAUUCGUCUGCCUUUCGACUCGAGUCACCCGCUGCCAACAUGGAUGUGGCAGCUGCUGCUGCUGCUGCGGUGCCACCGUCGCCACAUCACAUGCCCAUUGUGUUGGACACAUCGCCUCCGGGUGAUAUGAAUGCGAUGAGCAUGAUGCAUCUGAAGCGUAAGACACAUCGUGGCCACUACAAGCAUCAUCGAUCACGUGGCGGUGGCGGUGGCGGUGUCAGUGGCCAGAAGAAGCCCCUCAUUGGCAGCUCAUCAUCAGCAUCGACAACAUCAGCAGCAGCAGCAGCGGGAGCAGCAGCGUUCGCCUUGGGCGGGGAGCAACCGACGCCAGCAACGCCACAUGGCUACAUGGAUACACCGCUGAAUCCGGCUGCGGGCACGAUAGUGCAACAGCCGCAGUUGCAGCUAUACACCUCGAUGCCCAUCCCAUUGAUACUGAGUCCCAGCAACAGUGAGAAGCGUCCCAUGCACCACAGUCACAGUCAUGUGCAUGGCGAGCGGCGGGGCGGCGGUGGCGGAGGCGGUGGCGGUGGCAACGGCGGUGGCGGUGGUGCGCAGGCGCGUCGUCGCACCACAACAGCAACCGUAUCGGGUUACGAUGCGCAGACAUAUCUCAAUCCCUUUCUCACCGGCGAGCUCAUCUUCGAGAAGUAAAUGUGAAGUGAAUUUACUUUCGAUAUUGUUUUUCUUUUAUUUUCUUUUUGUACAACGUUGGCCAAAGAUUUGUAUGUAGUUUAGCAGGACUCGAACUCUGUCAUAUCACCACAAACACACACACACACAUAAGCACGAGAGUUGUAAUCAGUUAUCGAUGAAGAGAUCUGCUUUGAUCUGCACCUAGUACAACACACACACACAAGAAAGCAUAACACAAGACGGCUUCAAUUGUUACCGAUAUAUAUCAUAAUAUAUAAAGAAAGAUAGAGAGAGAGAGAGAGAGGAAAAGAAAGUGAAAAGAGAUAGAGAAAAAGAAAGAGAGAGCGGAGCAAAAUACAACUUUGUAUACUCGACUACUACUUACUACAAAGCUAAAAAGAAAGAGAGAGCAAGAGCAUACACUGCAUACACGAUAGUUAAACGAUAGCUAGGUACAGCGAUAGAUCGUACAACGAUGUACCUAUACGGGACCCACUCCACAAAAACAAAUAAAAAUUAUAAUAAUUAUUACUAUAUAGAGCGUCACUCACACAGCAGCGGCAGCAAGCAACAACACCCCACCUAGGACACUGCUUUAAAGGCAGCUAGCGAAUGCUACACCAACUACAAUAAAUACUACAAAUAUAUACAUAUAUACGAUGAAUAAAUUAGUUAACUCUAGUCCCACAAACCUAAUUAUCCAAAUACUCUCACACGGCAUCUGCAUGAACACACACACACACACUCACACACUCUCACAAUUGCGAGCGGGUUCAGCUUGAAAAAGAAAAAAAAAAAAAGAAGAAAUAUGCAUGAUACAUGAACACGGAAAUAUUAUUAGAUUGAUCA